CGAUCACAGUAGUUCUUCCGCGAGGCGUAGAGAAACUGAAAGCAAGAAGUUUUGCUGUUUGUUGGAUGACGAUAAGCCCAAGUGAACAGUCGAUAAGGGAUUAGGCUUAACUGCGUUGCUGAGCAAAAUCGUUUUUCUCUAAAAAGAGAAAAGUGAGUGAGUGAAUCAACACAACAAUAUCCAAAGAGGGGGAGAAAUCUCCGCACCACACCUGCAGCGAGCGGGUGGCUUCCCUGCAAGCAUCCUCCUGGACACCAACAGUCUCCCCAAUCAUGGAGGACAAUCUGAAGCUUCUGUUGGAGAUCGACCAGGAGUUAGACUCGGCAGAGGUCAAGUCGCUCAAGUUCCUCUGCAGUGAUGUCAUAGGCAGGAAACCCCUGGAGACGGUGAUUGACGCCCAGGUCCUCUUUAAACGGCUGAGCGAGCAAGGGAAGAUGGACGACAUGAGCUUUCUGGAGGAGCUGCUCUACACCAUCAAUCGCUUUGACCUGCUCCGCCGUUUUAAGAAGAGCCGGCAGCAGGUGGAGACCGCUGUGCAGAGUAAUCCCCACUUAUCAACGUACAGGAAGAUGCUGUUCGACAUAGCUGAAGAUAUGACGAGUGAAAAACUGGCCUCCAUGAAGUUUCUAGUGAAUCUGCCUCGAGGGAAAGUAGAAGCCUCAGCGACUGCCCUGGAUGUCCUGACAGAGAUGGAGAAACAGCAGAUGCUAACGGAAGACAAUGUGGAGGAACUGCAGCAGAUCCUCGAGAAGUGCGAUAUCACACUGGCCAGCAAGGUGGAGAAGUACAAGCAGACCAAAUCAGAGGUGGGCAAACUCAGGACCGGGGACGACAUGCAGCCCGCCGAGCCAUUUUAUGUGGUUAAUCUCCCCCCAGAACCCAUG